CCUGCCUUCAGGCGCUUUGGAGAAUAGCUUGACUCUCUCUUCUCUGUGGCAGCCCCUGAGAUAUUGGAACACUGCUAUCAUGUCCCCCCUCGUCCUUCUCUUCAUUAAACUAUGUGAUACUUCACCAUCUAUUCUGGCAAGUGAGACCCACCGAGGUCAGCUAAACAUUUUCCACCUUAUUAUUGUGCUGCGUUUCGUCAGAAUCAUUUCCCCAGUUUCUUCACUGAGAUUUACUCCGAGGUUAAGUACGGCCGUCUCCACCGAGGACCCCGCGUGUCUCCCAUAUUUCCUACUGAUGCGCGAUUGUACAUCAAUAUUGCGCAUACCUACGUUGCAGCCUUAUAUGGUAAAUGGAUGAUAAUGCAAAAGAAGCAGUUAUUGCACAUCUGGGAAAAUUCUGGGAGGUGGAAGCGGAGAAGUGAUUUGAAGCAGUAGGAGCGAGGGGGAAGGUCUGAUCUCCGCAUAAGCGCCACUGCCACCUUUGUAAAUCUUUUUAAAAACAAGAACUACCCUGUUAUUCUAAAGCCCUUUGAUAGGUUUAUCAUUUGCAUUGACUAUAAUGAUUUCAUUAAUUUCGUUCUUGAAUCACUAACCGGGCAAAGGAAAAUAUAUGAGAUUGAAGGCUGACUGAUGAAAUCGCCAGAGACUUAAUCCGCGUUUUAGUGUGCGCGGGAGGGUGGGGCGUGCUCUGCAUACGUACCAGUGUGCGUGUGCGCGCUUUUAACAACCUUCAAGAAACAUCUUUUAACUUAAAGCAUCAGGGCGGUUAGUUUCUGAGCCUAUGGCGCCCCCUCUGGAUGGAAGUGGGAAUUACACGUUAUCUGCCGCAAAGGUGAAUUGUUUAUACUGUAUAGAAAUAACUGUUAAAUUCCAAGAAGAAGAAAAACGAGACUGAAAGGAGAGUGGAAAAAGCGCAAGCCAAGCCAAGGAAAGGCGCCUCUCCUCCCAGGCAAGGCAACAUGACAGCUAAUGAUUUAAAGAAUUGACAAUGCGGGAAGCGCCCAUCGCCGAUGGGCUCCCUAAAAGACCUUGCCAUCGUUGUCUUCCGAUGAAGGGGCGAUUAUAUCAAGAGGCCAAUCCAUCACCCAGUGCACCCGGUUUCUUUCUAGCCAUCUUGACUGCUUGGUUUUACUCUUUCGCCUCAGUUUCCCGGACCCUGUACUGACAACUUAAUCGUCUGUUCAGUGGCAUACUUUUCCUCCUCUGCCUCAAUUACUUUUAGAAGAAAAAGGAACAUUAAAAACGACUCGAGAUUCCGGGGAUUAAAUCUUAAUUUUAAAAGUUCACAAAUUCACGCAUUACAGAUACCCAUUCAGUAGGAACCUCUGAAAUCAGCGACGACUUUUAAAACUAAUUUAGUAAAAAUGUUGGCCUCUUUUAGGGAAGGAUGUGAGGGGGAAGAGUAUGAGAGAGAUAUACAUAGGCCUGAAGUUUGUCAAUACGUUCAACAAGUAAACUCAGAUCUUCAAUAGAAAGGACUUAGCUUAAAGAAGAAAUAACUGCGCCUCUGAUUAUGAUGUAUCCCCCUUUGCAAGCUAUUCUUUUCCCAUUUCAUAAAAGUUUGCAGUCCGCGCUCUGUGCCGUUUAACUCAGUCCUACUGGAUCCAAAGGAAGGUUAAUUCCCACGUUAAAUCAGAAGUCUAACCUUAGAUAAACCUUUUUUUUUUUUACUUUACAAAUGCUUAGUCAACACAGUCUGAAAGGGAAGUCUUGUCAUAUAAGAGAACAUUUUUGAUAACAUCGUUUAGGGAAGAUUGAGCUGUCAUUUAAACAGUAAUUUUAAAAAAGAAAAGGGGCCAUUAACCUUACUUGCACAAAGCAGGAUAGGAGGCUUUAAAUGCUAACCGCUUGUUUAAAAGGUUAUGCUAAAUGACUAGAAAAACGUCGCCUUACUUAAGAAGUAUCUAGCUCGAUUUUCUUCCUCUCACGCCCCCCCCCACCAUAGCCCCCCCCGUCCCGUGAACGGCAGCUUAGCGCGUCGCCUCCUUCUUCGCCUUGAAACUUUUCAGCACGAGUGAAGUAUUAAGAUGAGCAAAAUCAAAACAAAACCCUCCCACAGGAGAAGUGAGUCACAAAACACUGACUGGGGAGGGGGGAGGAAGAGGAGGAGGAAGAGGAGAAAGGUGAGAGACAGAACGAACUAAGUUCUUUCUCCGAGCAAACGGGAGAGUGGGUUUUGCUGCUCCGUUUUAGUUGAAGCGAGACGUGUGCUAGAGAUGUCAAGCCCUUCCUUCCCCCUGCAAGCAAUCCCAGAGAUCUGCUUCAGUCGAUAGAGAGAAAAAGGCAAGGAGAAAUCUACUCGGAGGUAUCGCAACUAUCGCAACAGUUGGAAGUACAAAGACUCAACUGCAGCGUGCGACCAACUUUUCCUCUCUCCCGCCCCCUCCCUUCGCCUCGGCGCCCCCCUCCUUCUCCAGAGGAAGGAAAAAACUUUGUCAGCCAAUCAACGGCGUGCCAGCCCUUCCCAGCAAGGGCUGCCAUUGGCGUUUCUACGGCGAAAUAGCAGAGGCAGAGGUAUUUAUUAAAGAGAGUCGCAGUGAGCGUUAGCAGAGCCGAAGUUGAGCCUUAAGUAGGCGAUCCGGGGAGCCUUACGACUUUUUGCGCGCCCCCCGCCUCCUGGCUUCCCCCACCACCACCACCAGCUGAGGAAUUCGUCUCCCUUCUUUCAAAAGGGGUGGAAAAAAAAUAUUUUUCCCCCCUCCACCUCGUUCAACUUCGCCCGCCGUCUCACCAGCUCCGCUUCCAAGCUUCCUCGGACGGGAGCGGCAGCUCGUCCACAUGUCCGUUUCUUUCUGAGACCCGUUUUCCUCAAGCGGCGACUUCGGAGCAGCGCGCCCGUCAGCCGAGUUUCUGCAAAGACGCGGCUUUUCGCGCGCGCGGGCGCGAGCGAGCGAAACAGACGCUCGGCCUGGGCGCGUGCGGGGCUUUUCCUCGCCUCCUUCCAAGCUGUCUAUAAAGAGGCGCCGCUCUUGCUGCUUGUUUAAGCCCCCUUCCCCGGUCUCCUCCCCACCCCUCUCUCCCCUCCGCCUCGGUAUUUUUUUUAUUCCCCCCCCGCCCGCUCAUAUUUUGGCUUCCGCCCUUUUUCUCGCAUGAAUCUCCUCGACCCCUUCAUGAAGAUGACCGAAGAGCAGGAAAAGUGUCUGUCUGGCGCUCCCAGCCCGACCAUGUCGGAGGAUUCCGCGGGGUCUCCCUGCCCUUCGGGCUCCGGCUCGGACACCGAGAACACGAGACCCCAAGAGAACACCUUCCCCAAGAGCGACCAGGACCUGAAGAAGGAGAGCGACGAGGACAAGUUCCCGGUGUGCAUCCGAGAAGCCGUCAGCCAGGUCCUCAAGGGCUACGACUGGACCCUGGUGCCCAUGCCCGUCCGGGUGAACGGAUCCAGUAAGAACAAGCCCCACGUCAAGCGCCCCAUGAACGCGUUUAUGGUGUGGGCUCAAGCGGCUCGGAGGAAGCUGGCAGACCAGUAUCCGCACCUGCACAACGCCGAGCUGAGCAAGACGCUGGGGAAGCUCUGGAGGUUAUUGAAUGAGAGCGAGAAACGCCCAUUUGUGGAGGAGGCUGAACGCUUGAGAGUGCAACAUAAAAAAGACCAUCCAGACUACAAGUACCAGCCACGAAGGAGAAAGUCAGUGAAGAAUGGACAGGCUGAGCAAGAAGAAGGAUCGGAGCAGACCCACAUCUCUCCGAAUGCUAUUUUCAAGGCCCUGCAGGCAGAUUCGCCCCAGUCUUCAUCCAGCAUGAGUGAAGUACAUUCACCUGGAGAGCAUUCUGGGCAAUCUCAAGGGCCACCUACUCCUCCUACCACUCCUAAAACAGAUGUCCAGCCUGGUAAGCAGGACCUGAAGCGGGAAGGUCGCCCACUGCAAGAAGGAGGAAGACAGCCACCCCAUAUUGACUUCCGAGACGUGGACAUUGGGGAACUCAGCAGUGAUGUCAUAUCUAACAUUGAGACUUUUGAUGUUAAUGAGUUUGACCAGUAUCUCCCACCCAAUGGCCACCCAGGAGUUCCAGUCACCCAUGGCCAGCCUGGCCAAGUCACCUACACAGGCAGCUACGGGAUCAGUAGCACCACAGCUACUCCAGCAGGCACUGGGCAUGUCUGGAUGUCCAAGCAGCAGCAGCAGCCACCACCGCCUUCUCAGCAGCCACCCUCCCAAGCUCAGCCACAACCACCACCCCCACCGCCGCAGCAGCACACACUCACCACCCUGAGUAGUGAACCAGGUCAGCCUCAACAGAGGACACAUAUUAAGACCGAGCAGCUCAGUCCCAGUCAUUACACUGACCAACAGCAGCAUUCACCUCAGCAGAUCAGCUACAGUUCCUUCAAUCUCCAGCACUAUGGCUCUUCCUACCCGACCAUCACUCGCUCCCAGUAUGACUACACAGACCAUCAGAGCUCCAAUACUUACUACAGCCAUGCUGCCAGCCAGAGUUCCAGCCUCUAUUCUACAUUCACUUACAUGAACCCCACCCAGAGGCCCAUGUACACCCCAAUUGCAGACACUACGGGGGUACCUUCCAUUCCUCAGACCCAUAGCCCACAACACUGGGAACAGCCAGUCUAUACACAGCUCACCAGACCAUAA